UUUGAAGACAAGUUACUGUAUUCUUAGAUCAAUUUUGCUUAUAAAACAUCCAGAAUUUGAUGCGAGGGAUGUUUCUUGGCAAUAUUGGUUAAGGGAACCCCUGGUGGAGUAAAUAAUAAAAUUUUCCAAAUUUAAUUUUAGGAUUUAAAGGAACAGAUGGCAAAAAUAUUAUUUGGACUUACUCUGAUUAUAUGGAGGAAGUAUUGAGCGCAAGUAAAGGAUUUAUUGCACUUGGCCUGGAACCUCUGCAUUCAGUUUGUAUUCUUGGACAUAAUUCCCCUGAAUGGGCUUUCUCUAACCUAGCCGCAGUGUACAGUAGAGGUUUCUCAACGGGUAUCUACCAGACUAACAGUGCUGAUGCCUGCAAAUAUGUUGCAAAUCACUCGAGAGCAAAUAUUAUUGUUGUUGACGAUAAUCAACAGUUAGAGAAGAUUCUGUCAAUAAGACAUCAGCUGCCCUGUUUGAAACAGAUCGUACAGUACAAAGGUACAUCAGGAGAAGAGGGUGUAAUAUCGUGGAGAGAUCUUAUUCAGCUUGGUAGUUCUGAAUCAGAUAUUCAUCUACGGACCAGGCUAAAGGAUAUGGCAAUUAACAACUGUGCAUUGUUGGUGUACACGUCAGGAACAACCGGAAACCCUAAAGGAGCAAUGAUUUCUCAUGAUGCUGUUGUUAAUUCUGCCAGAUCACCACUUCUUUACUUCGGCUGGAGGUUUGGACAAGAACGCCUGGUGUCAUACUUACCACUCAGCCAUAUAGCAGGGCAAAUGCUGGAUAUAUAUUGGUCCAUCACAACCGGUGCAACAACAUAUUUUGCAGACUCAAAUGCACUCAAAGGAACUCUAGUUGACAACUUGAAGCACUUUAAACCGACAAGAUUUUUGGGAGUUCCCCGGGUCUGGGAGAAGAUAGAGGAAAGUAUAAAGAGUGCAGGGAGAAACAAUAAAGGUCUAAGCAAAGCAGUUGGAGAUUGGGCGAAGGCACAGUCUCUUAGUCAUCAUCUUGCUGUUGAUGGUGGGUGUACAAAUACAAGUUUACAGUACAAACUAGCAUCUAAACUUGUACUUUCCAAUGUACAUAAGGCUCUUGGACUAGAUGAAGUACACGACCUAGAAGUUGCAACUGGAGGAGCCGCAACCCCAGCAGAAACUCAUAAAUACUUUCUAAGCCUAGGAAUCAGGUUACUUGAUAUCUACGGAAGUACCGAGAGCUCAGGUUGUGCGCAGUCUGCCAGCCAACCAGGUCCAGGAAAUAGUAGAAUUGGAACUAUUGGACGUAUAUUAGAAGGCCAACUGGAAAACAAGCUGAUUAACCAGGAUAAGGACGGAGCAGGAGAACUGGUGUCCAGGGGAAGAUCAAUGUUUAUGGGAUACUACCAAGAUCAACAAAAAACAAUGGAGACGAUAGAUGAUGAAGGAUGGGUGAGAAGCGGGGAUAUUUGUGAACAAGAUUCAGACGGAUUCUACACAAUAGUGGGUAGAUCAAAGGAGAUUAUAAUAACUUCAGGAGGGGAGAAUAUUGCUCCAGUAAAUAUUGAGGACAAUAUAAAGAGAAGUUUACAAUCCCUGAUCAGUAACGUAAUGGUUAUAGGGGAUCACCGAAAAUAUCUAUCCUGUUUAAUAGCUUUAAAGGUUGUUGUUGACCCCGUAACUAUGCAACCAACAAGGAUGUUGACAGAGCAAGUUCUGGAAAUUCUAGAUCAGCUGAAUAUUCCUAGAGUAGAGACAACAGAUCAGCUUUUAGCUAGUUCAAGUCUGGAAUGCCUGGAGAAGUAUAUAGAAGAGGGGAUAUCAAGAGCUAACCAGAAUGCAAUUUCAAAUGCAGCCAGGGUGCAGAAAUGGCGGAUUUUAGAAGACGACUUUUCUGUACAAAGUGGUGAAUUUUCGCCAAGUCUGAAAUUGAAGCGAUUUUAUGUGCACAAGAAGUACAUGGACUUGAUAGAAAGCAUGUACUCCCAAUAGUACAUCAAGCAAAGAAAUGUUUAAACAAUUUGUUAAAAUAUUUUAUUAAAAAAUAAAUUUUGCAGUGGUCAA